AUGAACGCUCUAGAUCUCCGGUCCAGCCUGUCCUCCUAUGGCGACCCAAGGCACUUUUCCGCCGUCUCGUACGGCGGCCCCCAGCCGCCUCCGACCAAGGUUCUCCUAGCCGGUUAUCGCGAUGCUCUCAGUCCCCAUAAUAAUAAUGCAGAGAAGUCGUUGUACAGCCCGAAAUCGCACCCUCGCAACUCCAUUCCUCCGAGUGCGAACGAUCCGGUUGCCAUGUACCUACUCACCGAAACCGCCAUGGGCGAUAGCAUGAAUAACGAGAUCCUGACGUUUGAGGAGGUGGAGGGGCUGAAGAAGGAGCUCCGUGUCUUGACGAGUCGCACGAACGCCACGAAGCGGAAAUUGGCCCUGGAGCUGAAACUCCGCGAUGCUGCCAUGUCGUUGAGCCGGUUGCACAAUCACAAAAGCCCACGAAAUAGCCAUGGAUACGACACUCAAGGUGCGGUGGAUCACAACGCGGCGGACGAAGGGUUGGCGCUCAGCAAUCGGAAGUGUGAGGAAUUAGCUAUGGAGGUCUGGCACCUUGAGCGCAAGGUACAGGAGGCACAAAAGAGAUUGCUGGAGCACACAGCUGGAGUAUUACAGUUGACACAUAAGGGCUUGAAGAAAAAUCUGAAAAAUGGCAUCCCGCACACGCCCGAGAGCCUCUCUAGCAACAACACUGUGGACGACUUUGACGACCGGAGCUUGUACAAAUCACCUGACCACGAAGGAGUCAACGGCUACGGAACGCGAGCACAAGUGCCUGAACCAGUACCUGACAGUCUCACGCAGAGUACGAUCGAGGAAACAGAGAAGAAGCUGGAAUUUCUCAGUGGACGCGUGCGAGAUAUGUUACUAGAGGCGGAUCCGAAUACGGAAGGAAGCCACAUCCCGCAACUUUCAAGCAACGGAAAGCCCGCUGACCUCUCGGCAAUUGUGGAUGCUCAUUUGAAUUAUAUUGUGGACGGACUCGGUCUGAUAGGCUCCCAAUCCAGAACCGCCGUACCCCAGAAUCAAGGCCUGGAUCGUGUGAGCGAACAGCAAUUGGUCGAAAUGGAGGCGCAGCUUCUCAGCAUCAUGGAGAAUCCCGGAUUGCCUCGCUCUCAAACUCUGCCCCCUACUCCCGAUCCGUCCAACAGCGACAUUGCCGAGCACCUGACGUUCCUCAGCGUUGGCAUUCAAGGUUUGGAGGACCGAGUUGAGAAAUUGCUGGAUCAGAAGAGCAUCCUCACAACUCAAAUCCAGCAACAGCGCGAGCUCAACUCAAAGUCAGAUGCCGAGCGAGACGCCAAGAUUGCCGAUUUGAUUGAGCAGCUUGCUCAUCUUCGUAAGGAACUUGAGCACUCCGAGCGUCAAGGGCAACAAUCAAGAGAGGAUUUGGAUCGGACAAUGCGAGAACUAGAGCUUGUGCAACGAGAGCUGUCAGUGGCCCAGGAGGUACAUACCACCAGGGAUCUAGACAACUCUGAUAAAGAGGCUCGUGCGCAGGCAGAAGCCGAAAUCGCACGCCUUCAGGCUAUCAUUCAAGAAGUCCAACACGAGAAAGAUGAGCACCAUGAGGCACAAGACCGCGCUCAGAGCGAAAUCGCACGCCUUCAGGCUAUCAUUCAAGAAGUCCAACACGAGAAAGAUGAGCACCAUGAGGCACAAGACCGCACUCAGAGCGAAGUCGCACGCCUCCAGGCUAUCAUUCAAGAACUCCAACACGAGAAGGAUGAGCACCACGAGGCACGGGGCCGCGUUGAGAGCGAUAUCGCACGCCUCCAGGCUACCAUUCAAGAAACCCAAAACGAGAAAGAUGAGCACCAUCAGGCACGGGUCCGCGCUGAGGGCGAAGUCGCACGCUUACAGGCGAUGGCUAGCCAGCUCCAGGAUGCCACGGAGUCGCGUGAGAGUGCUGAGCAGCAAGUUGCGCAACUAGAAGAGACCAUCCACCAGAUUCGCCAUGACGCUGACAUGCGCGUCAAGGAAGCGAGUGAUAUGCGCGCGCAGGCCGACGCUGAAAUCACCCGGCUAGAGGAGUCGAUGGACCAGCUCCGCGCGGAACUUAAGUCUCGACUUCGAGAAGCAACUGAAGCGCGAGCCAAUGCAGAGGAAACUGCUACCCGCCUACAGAACGAACUGAGCGAAAUGGAAAGCGACGUUGUAGCAAUGCGCACAGAGCUUACUAUGGUCAAAGCAGAGCUUGACGGUGCUUACGGUACACGUGCGCAAAGAGCCGCCGAAGCUGCCGCCAAUCCAGCUCUUUAUCAAGAACUCGAUGACUUGAAGAAUAGAAACUUUGAGAUGGCUGAAGAGCUUGCAACCUUGAAGGCUGGCAAGCCCGGAAGCGGCGAUGUUCAUAACCGCGUCGAAACGCUCGAGAAAGAGCUGCGUGAAACCGUCGAUGAUUACGAGGCGAUGACCAAGGCAAGCAUCGAGUUUGAGAAAGAGCGCGAGAAUUUUGAGAGCAUGAUCGACGGACUUCGUGAUCGGUGUGAGCAGCUCGAAACGCAAAUCAAUGAGGAACGAAUCAGCUGGAUGGGUAGCCACAAUAGCGCCUCCUCGAUGGGCCGAGAUGGACCGUAUGAGACCACGUCUACAAUGGUGUUGAAGAAUGAAUUCAAGAAGAUGAUGCGAGACACUCGCGCCGAGAAUAUGAAGAUACUCAGGGCCGAGCAAGAAGAGCGCCGAAGGCUCGAGACGAUAAUCCGGAACCUGAAGAAAGAGCAAGCGAAUCUCAGCGUCAAAUCUGGUCUCAGCCAACACUUUACGCCAUAA